AUGUCCGACGCGAAAUCCAUCAAAAUCGCCAUGUUCCUUGCUGGAGCCAAGUCCAUCAAGAUCGAAGAGGAUGAUGCCAUCAUUUUCACCAUGGAGGAAGGCCCUCCCGUUCAGCUCAAGUUUGCUUGUCGUGCCGUCUGUCCACAAGAAGGAAGAGUGAAGGUUGAGGCUUACGACCAGGACUUGAUUCAAGAGACUGCCUACCUCGAUAUUGAUUCGCUCUGCUUGGAUUGCGAAGAAAAGCCCGAGAAGAGCGGCGCUGAAAUGUUCGCUGCCUUUGACUUCGACGAGUAA